CGCGGGGUUUUGUGAGUGGUGCUAAAAGAGGAGGAGGGCUGGGUUGGUUGGUUGGUAGCUCUAAUCUAGGAGCUGCCUUACAAAAUGGCGGACCGCCUCACUCAGUUGCAGGAUGCGGUGAAUUCGCUGGCCGAUCAGUUCUGUAAUGCUAUUGGAGUACUGCAGCAGUGUGCCCCACCUGCAUCCUUCAGCAAUAUACAAACGGCAAUAAACAAGGAUCAGCCUGCAAAUCCUACAGAAGAGUAUGCCCAACUCUUUGCUGCAUUGAUUGCAAGAACUGCAAAGGAUAUUGAUGUUUUAAUAGAUUCUUUGCCCAGUGAAGAAUCAACAGCCACAUUACAGGCUGCUAGUCUAUAUCGCUUGGAGGAAGAGAACCACGAGGCAGCUGCACGUCUUGAAGAGGUGGUUUAUCGUGGAGAUAUGCUCUUGGAAAAGAUACAGACUGCAUUAGCUGACAUCGCUCAAUCACAGCUGAAGACAAGAAGUGGCACUCAUAGUCAACCAAUUCCAGAUUAACAGCAGGAAAGGGGUCAAGCCCUGAAACAAAAUGAGAACUUCUGAAAAAUGAAGAGGAGGAGGGCACAACGGAGUCAGGUGGAGAAAGAGACCCAAGACAUGCCAUCACUGAAGAGCCUUAAUGCUACAAAAAGAUUUAUGGUGCCGUGCUUAGGGGGAAGGCAUCCCAAGAAGCUUCAUCCUUUUAUAUUAUACUGUGCUUGUGUGAGAAGCAAUCACAAAUGAAAACUUUCUGGAAUGUUUUCAGUUAUGUUUGUUAUGGCCAAGCCCUGAGCUUCACUAUUUUGCCAGUAGGUCAGGAUGUCUAAUCUCACUUACCAGACAAUCUUGUAUAGUCACAAUUAAUAAGGUGCUGAAGAAAAGGAAUUGUGUAUGUGAUUAAUGUCCAUGGCAGUGUAUCCAUAAUCUGCAUGACAAGGCUUUAUGCACUGGAGACGGGUUAUGUGUUACCACUGACCUCUAUUGUGCUAAUAGUACUAUUUUAUUUUAUUGAUUGGGGCUAUAAGCAAAAUCCUCCAGGUUUUUUGUAACUCAGAUGUAGCACAUUAGAGAAGCAUGACUGCAGCGAGAAAGAGGUUGGUGUGAUAAUGCCCUCAGUCUUUCUGAUAUCCCCAGUGUGACCUAAGACAACUUGAGCAAAUAAAGCAUAGAUUACCUUACAUCUUGAUGUAGCCUUUAAUAUGGAAACCAAGAUAUUUUUUUAAGAAGGGUGUACAUUAACAAAACCUGCUAUGUUAGUUCAUACAAUCCCCAGACACACACACUACAAACAGCAGAUUAAACUUUACAGUUUAAAAGGCCUAAAUUACAAUGGUUUUUAUUUGAUGUUAAAAAGAUUGCAUAAUAAGAACCAAGCAGGCUACUCAGCAGAGGAAAUUGUAUAAGGGAGCACUACCACUUAGCACCCAAUUCACCUGAGACAUUGGGGCACCUGAAAAGCCAGACUUGAUUACUGAUUUGGAUAUACUGGGAGUCUGGUGUGGAUACAGGUGUUACUUCAGAUUACACAGCUUCAGACUUGGAGAGGUCUUAGGAAAAUUGAUCCACCCAAAUCUAGGUCUUGCUUGUGUGUUUUGGGCAUGUUAGCUCAGGUUUAUUAUGCCAUCAAAAUACAUUCUAUAGCUGAAGUAGUAUUGAUUUCCAGUUGAAGGAAAAUGAAGAACUCUUGAGUGGAAAAGGACAGUUUGAAGCAUAUCUGGUUGUUCCCCUAAUCAUCAAUUGCUCUAAUGAACUCUUCCUGUUUACUCUGGAACUGAAAAGCAAAUAAUAAAGGGAGAUAAAGAUUCA